CAUCUUGCCUUAUCAUACCGUGACACAGGAAGGUUGUUUAGUAUUCGCGGUAUAGAACGCUAGUGCAGUUUUCGUCGAGACAUCAGUUUAAUGAUCCUUAAAAUAAAAGAAUUUUGACGGAUUAGAGGAAGAUUUAAGGGAGGGAAAAACACACACACAAGGAAAUGGCAACGGGAGCAAACGCAACCCCGCUGGGGAAGCUGCACCCGAGUAUCGGCGCUAAGCGGGGCUUCGACUCGGGGCCCGGUGCUGGCUUAAUGCCUCCGCCGGGGCCUCCGGCCUCUUUCCCGCUACCAAACUUUCCCCAGAUGCCGGGUGCCGCUUUCCCAGGAUUUCCCGGGGCUGCUGGUUCAUUUCCAAAUCCACCCAUUACCGGACCGCAGUCCCAAGGCGGAGAUAUGAGUCUAAAGAAGAGGAAAAAGAGUCGCUGGAGCAGCGAGACUCCCGAUCAGAAGACUGUUAUUCCGGGAAUGCCCACCGUCAUCCCUCCCGGCUUAACUCGUGAGCAGGAAAGAGCUUAUAUAGUCCAACUGCAGAUCGAAGACCUGACUCGUAAACUGCGUACAGGAGACCUGGGAAUCCCUGUUAACCCUGAGGACAGGUCCCCUUCUCCUGAGCCAAUCUACAACAGCGAGGGGAAGAGGUUAAACACACGUGAGUACCGCACCCGCAAAAAACUGGAAGAGGAGAGACAUUCACUCAUCACUGAAAUGGUUGGGCUGAACCCUGAGUUUAAACCCCCUGCUGACUAUAAGCCUCCAGCUACCAGAGUCAGUGAUAAGGUAAUGAUCCCACAGGAUGAGUACCCAGAAAUCAACUUUGUAGGACUUCUCAUUGGGCCACGUGGCAACACUUUGAAGAACAUAGAGAAAGAGUGCUGCGCUAAAAUCAUGAUCCGUGGUAAAGGUUCUGUUAAGGAGGGAAAAGUGGGCCGUAAGGAUGGACAGAUGCUCCCAGGAGAGGACGAGCCUCUACAUGCUUUGGUCACUGCCAACACCAUGGAGAACGUCAAGAAGGCUGUAGAGCAGAUCCGUAAUAUCCUGAAGCAGGGUAUUGAGACCCCAGAGGAUCAGAAUGAUCUGAGGAAAAUGCAGCUGAGGGAGCUGGCUCGACUCAAUGGCACUUUGAGGGAGGACGAUAACAGGAUUCUGCGCCCAUGGCAAAAUACUGAGCCUCGUAGCAUUACCAACACUACCCUGUGCACAAAGUGUGGAGGAGCUGGACAUAUCGCUUCUGACUGCAAGUUUACUAGUACUUAUACUCCACGGCAAGGUGACCCACCCCAAUCAGCUCAGGAUAAGGCCCGUAUGGAUAAAGAGUAUUUGUCUCUAAUGGCUGAGCUGGGGGAGGCUCCAGUUCCUGCGUCUGGUGGAGGACACAACAACAACCCACCCAGUGGUCCCAGAGCAUCUGGGCCCAACACCAACCAGCCACCUCCAAAUCGUCCUCCCUGGAUGAACUCGGGCCCUUCAGAUAACAGGAACUUCCAUGGCAUGCAUGGUGGUCCAGGUGGUCAUGGAGGUCCCCACAACUUCCCACCUCCCAUGCCCAAUAUGGGUGGACCACCCAUGCCUCCCAACCCUAAUGGCAUGCCCCCACCGUGGAUGCAGCCACCUCCUCCACCCAUGGGCCAGGGCCCAUCUCCUCAUGGACACCCAAUGGGUUUGUUGCCUCCACCUAUGGGCAUGAUGCCACCGCCUCCACCUCCACCAAACAACCAACCACCCCCGCCCCCAUCUGGGCCGUUGCCACCUUGGCAACAGCAGGCCCCGCCUCCUCCACCUACCAGCAGUAUGGCAACCAGUGCCCCGCUACCAUGGCAGCAAAAUACCACUACUACUUCCACCCCAGCUACAGGUAACCUGCCUCCAUGGCAGCAACCCCAGCCAGCAGCAAGCUCUGCUGCCCAGCCUCCUCCUCCUAUGGGAAACCCUUCUAUGGUGCCCCCUCCUCCUGGAGUUCAGCCCCCACUGCCCCCUGGUGCCCCACCUCCUCCCCCUCCACCACCUCCAGGUUCAGCAGGCAUGAUGUAUGCACCCCCUCCACCUCCCCCACCCAUGGACCCCAACUUUGUUACCAUGAUGGGAAUCCCAGGAAUGCCUCCAUUUGGGAUGCCACCUGCUCCACCUCCUCCACCACCUCAAAAUUAAAUACCCCCACAUCAACCACAUGAUAUAAGCUUGAGGACAACAUACCUUUCUACUUGAUAUAUGUUGUUAAUACAGAAGAAAAAAGGCAGGUGUGGUUGAAAUGUGUAAAUUUGCCUAACUUAAUUUGUUUCUGAUUUUAAAAUUGUAGUUUGUUUGAGUUUUUUUUUUUUUUUCUCCUCUUCAUGUGCAGGGAAUGUGUGUUUGCAGGGCCUUCAUUGGUUGGCCCAAAGUUCAGUGCUAAAUAACAUUCCAGACCACAGUAAUUACAGUUUAAUGUUAAUCAUCCAUUUUAAUAAUUAAUUACAAAAUUCAAAUGUUUCUCCUCUAAUGAAUGGUUUGCAUUCAAAUGUUUUUUUUUUUUUGUUAAUACAUAUCUUAAAAAAACGAUUUUGUUGUCUGAAUAUUUUUGUAAUGUUAACAUCAGCUAAAUAAAAGUUGAAAUGGCUUCACUUUUAUGUAGUAACAAAUGCAAGUGGUCAAAUUAUUGUGCUUAUGUUGUGCUAUAGCAAUUUCAGGUUUGAUUGUUUAGUUUUAGGAUUUCUUUUACAAUGACUGUUUCAAGUGUGCAUAAAAGACUUAGAACUACUUCGAUCUACUGACGUGAAACAGGAGUUUAACUCCAUUUGUAUUUCUGACUGCUUCUGUAAGAUAACUAUUCCAUUUUUUCUCAGUGUGGUGUCAUUUAUGGAGCUCCACUCAAAAAAUUUAAUCUGUUAGGGAUUCUGCCUCCAAAGAAAGCUACAGAUUCAGUUAAAUGAACUGACAUGAAUGUCGUAUGAAACUGCGCCUUGACAAAUGGGUUAAUCCUGGAAUUAAAACUGGGUGAUUUUGUUUAAGCGUAACAGAUGUGAACCUUGUCCAUUGGGUUUGUUUAGGGUCUUGCAGCUGUAUACAUACAUUUUUCCCCCCAAUACCCCCCCUCCCCCUCUUUUUUUCCCCCUUUUGAUUUGUGUGUAUGACUGUUUAGUCCUGAAGUGCUCAACUAUUUUUAUUGUAUGUACAGUACAAAAUGGACAAAGUGAAUAUAUGUUAAGUUACUGUACUCUUAAAAUAAAGGGGAUUAUACAUUUCUA